AGACCGUUUUCAUUGACUUUUAAUGACAUCUGUAGGCGUUACAGUCAUCUAUUUCAUGAGAAGAAGUCAAACAAUGGCGACUACAAAGUUCGACUGGAAGACGAAGAAGAAAAUGCUUGACGACUUAGAGGUUGGGAACAAGAUCACGCCAAUCCUCAUAGAUCCUUUGCAACGAAAGUGGGUGGGGCCGCGAGCCCUUGCUGGGCGAUUUUUCAGCAAAAAGGAUGAAGAAGAACAGGACCAGGAAAAGACAAUCAACAGCCUGAAAAAGGGGACAGCAGAAGACGACUUGGUUGUUUCUGAGAAGCCAAAUCAGAGAGGCUGCAGCACAUGGCCCUCGCUAAGAGAGAUUAUCAUGGAUAAAGAUGGAGCCUAUAAGGCAUACAUUCUGAGGCUACAAGAACAGACUAAAGACCACAAGCAGUGGAAUGAAAUUCUAAGGAACUUUGCCAACCGGCUAGAGAUUGCCCAAAUGAUAAUCACGAAGGACGAAGAAAAGUACCAAAAAAGGCUUGCCCAAAAAGAAGAGGAAAUUUCUCGGCUCUCGACUAAUGUGGCUCUUCUCGAAAAAGACAAUGAAUGGGAGAGAACAAAGGCAGAAUCAAAGAUCAGAGAGCUGGAGAAACGCUUCGCAGAGCAGGCAGAAAACACACGACACGGGAUCUCCCUGAAAGAUGAGGAACUUCUGGCCCUGAAGACUCGUGUGGCUGUUCUAGAGUCAGAAAAGAAAAGGUCUAGGUCUUUUUUCAUUAUCUUUGAUUUGUUUAUUUGUUUAACCAAACAAGUAACAGUAAAAGUAAUGUAGUUGAGAGGUCAUGUAGCUGAGAGGCCAUCAGAGGUCAGUGUUAAAUAGUGUUAUAUACAUAGUUGUCAAUGAAUGUCUUUUACCACCAGUGCUGCAGAGGUUUGUAAGUUUGUGUUUGUAGUCUGCCUUUAAUGUAUUUUAUGAACAUAGAUGGUGAAGAGGAUAGAGGAUUUGAUGUGUUGUGGGAAUGUGUUGUAAGACUUUACACGCCUGUACGGGAAUGUCCAAUUUGCUGCAGAGGUUUUUGGUUUGGGCAGUCUGAAUCCUCCCCCUUGAGCUAGGCGAGUGUUAUGUCGAUGGGUGUUUUGGAUUAUAUGUAGCCUUUUGAUAUCUUGAAAAGGUGUGCCUAGAAGUUCAUGUUCAAGCAAUAACUGUCAUUAAACGGCAUAUAAGUAGCUAUAUCUCCCUAUAUGAACACCACAUUGUAUUUUAGUUGACCAAGAAAACACACAUUCAAGCUUCAAGCAAAAUGUGCCAGGUAAUUAAUAAAAGUUCAGUGGCCAAGAACAAAGCAAUUAUAACUAGAGUUCGGCGACCUCAUACCUCCAUGAAAUAUUUAGAGCUUUGUAAAUUUUAUGCAAAUGACUUACACAUUUACAUGAUUUAUGCAUGGUGAUGUUGACU